AUGAAGAUUCGAGAAGAUUGGCGGAACUUCGAUCAGAGCUUUGUGAUGCAAAUAUUAACCCCACGCCCAAAACUUCUUGAAAAGCUCUUUUUAGGAAUUUUAUUCUUUUCCUCCUUUAUCCCGUUUUCGCGACAUAUCUGUUUCAUACUCAACCUACAAGAGCAUUUCUACUUUAAAGACAUACCUCGAAAUAUCCACGCCCCGCCAUCAACCAACCCCUCCAAAAAAAUCAAUCCCACCACAAUGGAUGACAAGCGCCUCAACGACCUCCUCCGCUGGAGCAUCGAAAACACUGAAACCGGCGCACCCAAUGGCGCUGCCUCUGCUCCUGCUGGCGAGGCCCCGGCGGCGUCGAACCUCACACCCGAGGUCAUGGCCGCGCUCAUGGGCGGCCCCUCGGAAGCCGACCUGAUGAUUGCGUCGAUGGAGAUCAUAACGGCCAGCGACGUGACACUCGACAACAAGCUCAUCGCGUUUGACAACUUUGAGCAGCUCAUCGAGUCGCUCGACAACGCCAAUAACCUGGCCAACCUGGGCCUGUGGACGCCGCUGCUGGCGCAGCUCGCCAGCGACGAGGCCGAGCUCCGCACCAUGGCCGCCUGGUGCAUCGGCACCGCCGUCCAGAAUAACGAGAAGACGCAGGAGAAGCUGCUCGCCGUCGAGGGCAUCAAGCCUCUGGUCGCGCUGGCCACGCGCGACACCGAGACGGAAAAGGUCCGCCGCAAGGCCGUCUACGCCCUGAGCUCGGCGAUUCGCAACUACCAGCCCGCGCUGGACGCGGCCGUGGCCGAGCUCACCGCUGCCGGGCACGCAGCAGAGAAAGUUGACGCCACGGACAUGGAGGCCGUAGAUACCAUCAUUACGCCGCUGCGCGAAAAGGCCAAGGGCGCUGCUGCAUGA